AUGCCCCCCAAGAAGGAAAUUAAAAAGCAUCCUCGCAGCGAUUCGCCGCCGUCGACGGACUCCGAGGCUCCCGAUAAGAAAGCGAAGGUCCCUCGCGCGACAGCGACCGUCAUUGGGAACCGCACAGAAGGCCCCUUAACACGCUCCCCCGAGGUCCUCUCCUGCCUGAAUGAGAAGAAGACGGAGAAACAGAUUUGGGAGGCCGUCACCCCUUUCGUCCGUCGCACCAAAGACAGCGAGUUUAACCCCGCCGAGAUGUACAAAUUCGGCACCUGGAAUGUGAUGAGCCUCCGGGGGCUUCUCCGCAAGAACGAAUCCGCCCUCCGCGAUCUCCUCCACAAGGAGCGCUUUGACAUCUUUUGUUUGCAAGAGACGAAGCUGAACCCCGGCGACGCGGGGAACGAGACGUUGGGGGUGGUGGAAGGCUACAGCUUUGUCGACCACCCUUGUGCGGCGAAGAAUGGCUACUCAGGGACGCGGACCUACGUGAAGAACGAUCGCGUGCGCGACGCCCUCGGGGCGCGGCAUGCCCGUGGUUUGCAGGUGAACCCCACUUCGGAAGGCGCCGGGGAUGCGGAAGGGCGCGUGUUGACGACGUGGCUUUCCCCGCCUUCCUCGGCCGCCGCGGGGCCGACGAUCGCGGUCGUGAACACCUAUAUCCCCAACAGCGGGAUGAAGCUGGAUCGUCUGGCCUACCGUGUAGAGGACUUCGAUCAGAAGAUUCGGCAAUACCUGCAAGAGGUGGAUCAGCUCUGUGUGCAAAAUGCCAAGGAUCUUGCGGGGAAGGCCAAAGCGGACGCCGCGGAGCCUUUUGCGGGGUUUAUCUGGACAGGCGACCUCAACGUCGCGCAGUGCGACUUCGAUCGCUUUUUCGGUGGAAACUGGAAGACGAUGCAGCAGUGCGCGUGUUUCACACCCGAGGAACGGUGGUCGUUUCGGGAUACCCUCAGCGCGACCAAGUCGGUAGAUGCUUUUCGGUAUUUAUACCCAAACGCCGCGCCGGUGUACACCUUCUGGUCGAUGCGAUUUAACGGCCGCAGCCGGGGAAUGGGGUGGCGUCUGGAUUAUUUCGUCCUCCCUCAGCGUUUGGCGCGCCGCGUGGUGGACUGCUAUGCCAUGCCGGAGGUCAUGGGCAGCGACCAUUGCCCCGUCCAACUCUGGCUGAAGAAGCAAUGA